ACUCUGAUGUAACUGCAAAUAUAACUUCUUCUUUUAGCAAUGGGAAGGAGUCAUUUUGUCAUAUUCAUCAUUCUUUUGAAUUUUCUGCAGAUUCUUGAUCCUUCUUUUUCACUUCCCUUGUGUACUGAUUCAAGGGCUCCUUUUCAGCAAAAGACUCCUCUAGCAUUCUGUUCUUAUAAUGGAAUCUCAUGCUGCAACUCCACUGAUGAUAAACAACUUCAGACUCAGUUCAAUGCUAUGAACAUUUCUGAUCCUGGAUGUGCUUCUCUUGUAAAAUCUGUCAUCUGUGCGAAGUGUGAUAAAUUUUCAGCAGAGCUGUUCAGAACUGAUUCUGUUCCUCGACAACUUCCUAUCUUGUGCAACUCCACAACUUCAGAAAAUUCAACCAAAAGUAGCCAAACUAAGAAUGACUUUUGCUCUAAAAUAUGGACUACAUGUCAAAAUGUGUCUAUCAUAAGUUCUCCUUUUGCUGCUUCUAUCAAGUCCAAUUCCACAAAGUUGACAGAUCUAUGGAAAUCACAAAUUGAUUUCUGUAAUGUGUUUGGUGGAGCUUCUGGUGAUGGAUCAGUAUGCUUCGCUGGAGAACCUGUCAGCUUAAAUACCACCACGCCUAUAAGUCCUCCAGGCGGUUUGUGCCUUGAGAAAAUUGGAAAUGGUAGUUACAUCAAUAUGGUUGCUCAUCCUGAUGGCUCUAGUCGUGCUUUCUUCUCAAAUCAGCAAGGGAAAAUAUGGUUGGCUACUAUUCCAGAAGUCGAUUCAGGAGAGCUGUUAGAUGUUGAUGACUCUAAUCCUUUCUUGGACCUAACAGAUGAAGUUCAUUUUGACACUGAACUGGGAAUGAUGGGGAUUGCAUUUCAUCCAAAGUUCUCACAAAACGGGCGAUUCUUUGUUUCAUUUAAUUGUGAUAAGCAAGCAUGGCCUGGAUGUGGAGGAAGAUGUUCUUGUAACUCAGAUGUGGACUGUGAUCCAUCAAAACUACCUAGUGAUAGCGGCUCCCAACCAUGCCAAUAUCAAGCUGUGAUAGCAGAAUUUACUGCUAGUGGAUCUCAGCCUACACAGGCAAAAUCUGCCAGCCCAAAAGAAGUCAGAAGGAUAUUCACCAUGGGCCUUCCAUUUACAGGUCAUCACGGAGGCCAGAUACUUUUUGGACCGAGAGAUGGAUAUUUGUACUUCAUGAUGGGCGAUGGCGGAGGUAUAGGUGAUCCUUACAAUUUUUCCCAAAACAAGAAGUCAUUGCUGGGAAAGAUUAUCAGGCUUGAUAUUGAUGGCACAUCCAGUGUAGAAGAGAUCACGAAGCUCGGUUUAUGGGGAAACUACUCUAUACCAAAGGAUAAUCCUUACACUGAAGAUAAAGAGUUGCAGCCUGAAAUAUGGGCUCUAGGAAUGCGAAAUCCUUGGCGCUGCAGUUUUGAUUCUGCUAGACCAUCUUACUUCAUGUGUGCUGAUGUAGGACAGGAUAAAUUUGAAGAGGUGAAUAUAAUCAGCAAGGGUGGUAACUAUGGCUGGAGCGAGUAUGAGGGUCCUUACCUUUACACUCCUUCAAAAUCACCCGGAGGAAAUAAAUCUAUGAGCUCCAUAAACCCCAUUUUCCCAGUCAUGGGAUAUAACCAUUCUGAUGUGAACAAGAAUGGAGGGUCAGCAUCAAUUACUGGUGGAUACUUCUAUAGGUCCAUGACUGAUCCCUGCAUGCAUGGAAGGUAUCUUUUUUCUGAUCUGUAUGCAGGUUUCAUGUGGGCAGGCACUGAAAAUCCAGAGGACAGUGGAACAUUUAACACUAGUCAAAUUUCUUUCAACUGUGCUCAGAAAUCACCAAUAGAUUGUACUUUUGUUCCUGGAAGCUCAGUUCCAGCUUUAGGCUACAUAUUUUCAUAUGGUGAGGAUAACAACAAGGACAUGUAUGUUCUUGCAAGUAGUGGAGUUUACAGAGUUGUUCGUCCGAGUCGUUGUAAAUACACUUGUGCAAAGGAAAAUUCUUCUGCUGUUGAUGAUGAUAUCCCAUCUAGUCCUCCUGCUGCUUCCCCUCCUUCAGCAGCAACCAUGUUAACAGGUUCAUACAGUAACUUUGUAGUCAUUUUAAUGUCAUUUAUGUUGAUCCUGGCUUGUUGGUUCUAA